AAUUGAUUCAUUUUAAAACGCGAUAUUCAUUUAUGAAUCCCCACAAAUAAGAGAUGAGAUAAGAUAAAAACCACAUGGCAUAUGGGCAAAAUAAAUGAUUGUGGGUAAAUUACACGAAAAUAUAAAAAAAGUUAUUUAUGAUUCAGCACGUGUUGGUCAACGAUCUUAGCAGUACCAUGGCUAGCCAUCUGUUAGCACUGAGUUGGAUAAGCAUAUUUUCAUUACUGUUCAGCUUUAGGACAUGUUCGGGAAGUACAAUACAUAAUGUAAUUUAUGCCAUCAACGCAGGCGGUGAAGCACAUACUGAUUCACAUGGCAUUCAUUACGCCCCAGAUCCAUUGAUGGGAAAAGUCGGCACGGCAUCAGACUACGGUCGUCAGCUACACGAGAUCAACAGAGUGAAACCAAAUGACGAGAUCCUGUAUCAAACGGAACGAUAUCACCAAGAUACGUUCGGUUAUGAUUUGCCCAUAUCCGGGGAUGGCGAAUAUGUGCUCAUACUGAAGUUCUGUGAGGUGUAUUUUAACGGUCCAAACAUGAAAGUGUUUGAUGUGCUGCUUAAUCGCCAUACGAUCCUAUCGGAUUUAGACAUAUUCGCGCUGGUAGGCAAAGGUACGGCCCACGAUGAGUACAUUUUUUUCUCCGUAUCCCGCGGUCGGUUGUAUUUGACGGAGGAAAGCUCCGAAAUUCGAGGUGGCAUUGUGAAGCUGGAGUUUCUCAAGGGAUACAAAGAUAACCCGAAAAUUAAUGCAAUACUAUUGAUCAAAGACUAUAACGUAUCGCUUCUGCCACGUUUGCCACCAUUAACGACCACUAACGACGCAACGGAGGGCGGCACCUCCGUAGACAGUAGCAGUGACAAUCGUUUCAACGGACAUUCUCAUUUGCCGUUCGCUGAUGCAGGCAGUCAUAACACCGAAGGAGGAGGAGAAGAUAGUACACUCGACGAUUUCAUGAGUGGACCUGCGGAGGAAAUUAGCAAAUUUGCAUCAAAACUGCGCAAAACUAGUGGUCCUAAGCAACCUAAUCCAUACUCGCUGGAUGAUUCUUCUAUGAUGUUGCCUGUGUUCAUCGCGAUCGGUACAUUCAUACCGUUGUUAUUUUGUUUGUGUAGGCUGUGAUUUCUUUGAUUAUAAAAUUGAAUUGUAUGGUAGUAGGGCUCUCGAUUAGCUGCUUCCGUAGAGGUAGCAAUUAUGUGAUUAUGUUUUUAUUCCUUUACGUGGUUGGUACUUACACUUCCGAACGCACAAAAGUCAAUAAAGCGAAUAUAACGUUCGUGUUACGAAAGUAAUUAUGGAAUGAUGGUGCGUUGGUGCACUUCAUGAUGCAUUUGAAAUGUCAGGAAUCUACGUCCUGUAAGCCUUCCGGUUUGAUGUGUAAAGCUGGUUGUUGACAUGCGUGCGUGGUGGCGUUGACGCGUAGUGACAUCGGAUACAUAAUGCGUCGACGAUGCAAACGUGCCAAUGGCUUAGGCCUCGAACACACAGCUAGGAACACAGUGCUUGCCAAUGCGCGCGACGUUCAUUCAUGCAUGAAUUUCACCCGCAUUGAACCUGUUACACAUAAUGUUGCAUGGCACUGUAACCGGUGCCACUCGUGUCCCACGCACAUACAAUAACGCACCGCACUACUGGGACAAAACGACAAACGGAACGUCGCGUUAUUUCGUAUAGGACUUAGGGGUCCUGCAUCUGUG